AAUUCGGAAUCCAUUGGCUUCACUUCAUAUAAAGAUGCAUCUGCAAUACUUUUUUGGUAUCUACAUCCUCUGUUGUAUUUUGCUAACUCAAGUUCAAACUCAACCCAAUGCAACGAUAUCCAAUGCAACGAUAUCCAAUUCAACUGAUACCCAAGGGAACGUCGCUAAAAAACGUAUAAUGCUACGAAAACUUCAUAAGGAUGAUAAGCAGGGUAAAGGAAUGAUGCACAUCGUGAUACACAAGAUUCAACCUGGAGAUCCAUACUACAAGGUUUUCGAUGGCAAUGAGAAGGCAGCUCGAGCAUUCACCAACACGAUAUGGAAUCGUCUGUUCAAUCGAUAUAGCACUAUGCUCAUUUAA